GGAGAAGUCGCGAAAACCUGAAAUAUCAGAAAUGAAAUCAGUUGCGCUUGAAGUCAUGCAAACUGCAAAAAUAUCAAAAUGUGCAUUUUUAAAACAACUUUCGCCAUGGAAGCACUUAUUAUAUUGUGCAUCUUAGUGUACCUUAUUAAAAAAUUCUUUGAAGGCUUAUUCGACGAUGGCGAUGAUGAUCAUACAAUUGAUAGAGUUGACAGCUAUGAUAAAUGUAUCAACGCCGUUUCGAAAUUGCGCAGACAUUGCUACAAUGAACCAAAGCUUUACCUAAGGAGUGGACGGAUGCCGAAUUCAAAUGAGCAACUUUUGGAAAUUCGCACUCAUCGCGGUUACUGUGCAGUUUUUAAUUUAUCAGCGAUAAGAAUUUGGCCAAAAUCUUUUCUAGAUUUACUGCAGGACCGCAGUUUAACAAGGUUUACGAGCAAUCCAUACACUAAUAAAGUAUUAAGGCAAUUUGGAGUGCCUUCUAGGGAAUUGAAUCGAAGGAUUAUUAUUUAAAUCAGCAAUUGGUAAGACGCAAUUAUAGAGGACUAAUUUUAUGUCAUAAAUUCAAUUGCACAUCGACUUAUACUAUAUGUAUAUCAAUAUAUUUUUUUAUAAAGUACUUAAACUGUACUAAAAUUACCAAGGCGAAGUCUUGUUAAAAUUAAAUUUCACUUAACUUUAAUCGAAAAUUGAUUCUGAGAUCUAUUUAAAAAUGGAAAAAUAUGCACUCAUGUUCUAUACUUCAGUCAAUGUAUGCAUAUGCAUAUAUGUAUUAAUAUAUGGCGCUUGCAUUUAAGUUUAGCGAUUUUAUGUAAGUAAAAAAAAAAUAAAUAAAUUUAAUCCGGUUUU